AAAGGUGCGGCUUAUUCCGACGCUUCUUCAGUCAUUACAAAGUUUGUUGAGGAUCAUAAAUUCCCAUUCUUGCCAACUCCAAUGGGUAAAGGAGUUGUUCCUGAUGAAAGUUGUUUGAAUGUAUCAUCUGCUAGAUCCAAAGCUUUGAAGAAUGCUGAUGUUGUUCUACUAUUGGGUGCUAGACUCAAUUGGAUAUUGCAUUUUGGAGAAGCACCGAGAUAUAGAGAGGAUGCUAUCUUCAUUCAAGUUGAUCAUUCACCGGAUGAAGUUGGAAAUAAUUCAUUGAACUCUUUGGAGUAUGGGUUGGUUGGUGAUAUAUCCUUAGUUGUCGAGGAACUUGCUCAUGAGCUAGGUGAUGAGUUUAAGGCUCCGCCGAUUCCAACUGAUAUGAAACAAACAAUUGAAAAGAAUAAUGAGUCUUUGAUUAAUAAGGAAAGUACAAAGAAUGAUAUGAUGACAUAUAAUAACGUUUAUAAAGUGCUUCGUGAAAUAAUAGCACCAAUAGAGAAAGACACAAUCCUAAUAUCUGAAGGUGCUAAUACAAUGGAUGUUGCCAGAAUAUCAUUUCCUCAGAACUAUCCAAAACAAAGAAUCGAUGCUGGAACAAAUGCCACUAUGGGUGUUGGUUCAGGGUAUGCUAUUGCUGCUAAAAUCUCAAAUCCAGAUAAAACUGUCAUUGCAAUUGAAGGAGAUUCUGCUUUUGGCUUUUCAGGAUUAGAGAUAGAAACUGCUGUUAGAUCACAUUUACCUGUUAUCAUCGUUGUGAUGAACAAUAGUGGUAUCUAUAAAGGAAUUGAUACGAAACGCUAUUCAUAUAAUGAAUAUGAAAAACUUCCAUCAACAGCACUUAGUAAAGAAACCAGGUAUGAUGUUCUUGCAAAAAGUCUUGGAGCUGAUGGUAUUUUAGUCAAGACUGAAAAGGAAGUUCAUGAUGGGUUCCAAAAAGCAUUGGAAAACCUUUCAAAAGGUGAAACCACUGUUUUGAAUGUGAUUAUCUCACCAGGAGUACAAAAGAAAGUCGGUUUUGGAUGGCAGAACAAAAAGAAGUCAACGAAGCUGUAAAUUAUAAAUUCAAAAUACCAUAGCCAAUUGAUUAGAUACUCAGAUAUUUAUCAUUAUUAAUCCAUUUAUUGAAUUAACUUUACCAAAACUUGAUUCUGAUGACUUGUGUAGUGAAAGUUUAACUCGAGUUUGAUUAUUACAA